AAUUCCUCUUGGAAGUCAAAGAAACUUUAUGAGAAACGUGAAAUUCUAGCGAUACCAGGAUUCUCCGUAUUAUCAUAUCUCAAGGAUGAAAUAGCGAAGCGAAAAGCAUCGAAGAAGAGCCACAAGAAACAUAAAUCAAAGAAGUCCAAGAAAGAAAAAUCCUCGAAGAAGUCAAAGAAGGAAAAGAAGAGCAAGAAAUCUCGACGAAAACACCACUCUUCAACAUCGUCAUCAAGCGAUUCUUCUGUAAUCGAAGUGAUCGACUGA